AUGACCUCGACACGCCUCUCCUCGACCCUCUCGCGGUCGCCCUCGAUUGUCGCUGAGCGCCGCAACAUGCGCAGAAUAUCUGGCCAUUCUCUUUCCUCCCCCAUCGACCCCGAACCUGCCGCCGACGCUCAAGACGCCCAAGCCCCCACAAUCACGGACGAGAUCGGCGAGAUCAAGCGCUAUGAGGAUUUCACAACCAUAGACUGGGUCCAAGAUGCGGUGAAUGAGCAGAAUGCUCGCCGAGCCAAGCGACGAAACGGCGUCGGCUUCUGGGACCAGGAAGGCGUCUUUGGCUGGCGACGAAAGGUGCGCGAGUCGUAUGAGGCUGGGCAGGCCUGGCUUGUGGUGACGCUCGUCGGCAUGGCCAUUGGUCUGAAUUCGGCCGUGCUAAAUAUUAUCACCGAGUGGUUGUCGGAUAUUAAGCUGGGCCAUUGUACGACCGCAUUCUAUUUGAACGAACAAUUCUGCUGCUGGGGUGCUGAGGGAGGAUGCCCGGAGUGGAAACACUGGACUUCUUUCUGGGUCGUCAAUUACGUGAUUUAUUUCCUUUUCGCGAUUUUACUUGCAUCUAUUGCUGCGAUUCUCGUCAAAUCGUUUGCUCCGUAUGCCGCAGGAUCCGGCAUUUCCGAGAUUAAAUGCAUCAUUGCUGGCUUCGUUAUGAAGGGGUUUCUGGGAGCUUGGACACUCCUCAUCAAGUCAAUUGCGCUGCCAUUAGCCAUUGCAUCGGGUCUCUCUGUCGGAAAGGAGGGGCCUAGUGUUCAUUUUGCUGUGUGCACCGGAAACGUCAUUUCACGCUUUUUCGGUAAAUAUAAGCAGAAUGCGUCAAAAACGAGAGAAAUCUUGACUGCCUCGGCUGCUGCUGGUGUGGCGGUGGCUUUUGGAAGUCCUAUCGGAGGUGUACUGUUUUCACUAGAGGAGAUGGCGAAUUAUUUCCCACUCAAGACUCUCUGGCGCAGUUAUUUCUGUGCCUUAGUAGCAACCAGUGUGCUGGCGGCCUUGAACCCAUUUAGAACCGGCCAGUUGGUCAUGUUCCAGGUUGAAUAUGACCGCACGUGGCACUUCUUUGAACUAAUCUUCUUUGCAUUCCUUGGUGUCUUUGGUGGACUAUACGGCGCGUUUGUGAUCAAGUGGAAUCUGCGAGUAGCAGCUUUCCGCAAGAAGUACCUCUCCCAGUGGCCCAUUACGGAGUCGGUGGUUCUUGCGGCUCUCACUGCUAUUCUCUGCUAUCCAAACAUGUUCUUAAAGAUUAACAUGACGGAGAUGAUGGAGAUCCUGUUCCGCGAAUGUGAAGGUGGUCACGACUACAAUGGGGUGUGCGAAACCAAGAAUCGCUGGUCGAUGGUGCUGUCAUUAGCUAUUGCUACGAUUUUGCGUACCGGGCUGGUGAUCAUUUCCUAUGGAUGCAAGGUGCCGGCUGGUAUUUUUGUGCCAUCCAUGGCCAUUGGGGCAUCAUUUGGCCGCAUGGUUGGAAUCAUGGUGCAGGCACUUCAUGAAUCCUUUCCCAACUCCUCGUUCUUUGCGUCAUGCAAUCCCGACGUUCCUUGUAUUACGCCUGGUACAUACGCCUUCUUGGGCGCCGGUGCAGCGCUCAGUGGAAUCAUGCACCUCACUAUCUCUGUUACGGUCAUCAUGUUUGAGCUGACUGGUGCACUGACCUAUAUUCUGCCGACUAUGAUCGUGGUUGGUGUAACCAAAGCUGUCGGAGAUCGAUUCGGAAACGGCGGUAUUGCGGACAGACUGAUCUGGUUCAACGGUUUCCCAUUCCUAGACAACAAGGAAGACCAUGUCUUCAACGUUCCUGUCUCGCACGCAAUGACCACGGACCCGCUGACAUUGCCCGCAUCAGACUUCCCCGUGCGCGAGGCAGAGCAUUUGCUGAGUGACAACAAGUUCCAGGGCUUUCCAAUUGUGGAAGACCGCAGUACCAAGACCCUGGUUGGCUUUAUUGGGCGCACCGAGCUGCGGUACGCUAUCGACCGCGCACGCAGCCAGGGUCUCGUCUCACCCAGAGCUCGAUGUGUAUUCACCCAAGAGGCGGCCGAGGCCACCGUUGCGCAGCGCGCGUCCGGUCCGCGGCAUCUGCGACCCCCAGAUACAUUUGACGCAAUCCAGACCAGUGUAGGCGCUGGUGUCGUUGAUUUCUCGCGGUAUGUCGACCACACGCCGUUGACGGUUCAUCCGCGUCUUCCGCUCGAGACCGUCAUGGAGAUUUUCAAGAAGAUGGGACCCCGAGUCAUUCUCGUUGAGCGCCGUGGCCGCCUGACGGGCCUUGUGACCGUCAAGGACUGCUUGAAGUACCAGUUCAAGGUCGAGGCCGAGGAGCAUGCGCUGGCAGCGACGAGCUCGUCUGGGUUCGCCUCUGCUCCGCUGGGCGGCCACCUGAGUACUCCUGCCCCGGAGACAUUGGAGGACCGCCUGUGGCGGCUCAUCCAAACAGUGGCUGGCUUUAUUAGUGGGUCGAUCCGGGCUCAUCGGCCAGUGCGGCUGCGGGAACGAGAUCGUCCUGGGAGGCCAUCAGAGCCAGAGGGCAUUCUGGAGGGCACCGAGGAUGAUGCGUUUGUGGAACUGGAAGAGAGAGACGAGCGGCCAAGUCGUCGCUAG